CUCCUAGUUCCUGUUAGUCUCUAAGCAGGACCUCUUGCCUACUCUUCACUGAGGAUUGGUACUAGUGCCAUGUACUGUAUCAAGUAGGGAGAUAGGUGAAAAUAUGGCUUGAUGAUGGUUGAGGAAACGAAGAAAUUUCAGUAUAUUCACCUACGAGGAAGUCAACGGCUAUGUGGGGAUGCAAGCAGGAAAGUGGAGUUAAGGUCAGAACCAGAUCAGCCAUUAUCUUAGGGACGAGCAGAGCAAGCUCGAGGUGCCUUAUUCCUGCUCUUAUAUCUUAUGUUCUUAACAUCUGGAUCAUUUUGGAAAACGAAGCUUUGUCACCUAAACUAAUUGAAACAAUCUCCUUGCUAAGAGUGUUAAAAAGAGCGAUACAGACUUUAACUGAAUUCAACUUCCCGAAUCUUGGAUCACUAGUGCAGUAUAACUCGGGUACAAUUUUCAACCAGUUCCGCGCAUUUUGCACAGUACUUGAUCUUCCGGCAGGCCUAUUAAAAACGUGGCAGAGCUUAAAUUCCAUGUGUAAAUAUGCAGUAAUCAGUCCCAAUCUAAUUGCUCAUCCAUUUAGCACACGGAAUGGAGAUUUAACAGGCCUUGUGCUGUCAUAAAAACAAAAAAACUGCGGAUGCUGGAAAUCCAAAACAAAAACAGAAUUACCUGGAAAAACUCAGCAGGUCUGGCAGUUUUGUUACAAGUCGGUCCGGGUCACUGUGCUGAAACUGGUUGUCGCUAUGGAGAUGAGCCUUCCCUUUGACCUAUGAACAAGCGGAAGUUCCGGCUGAGAUGGCUCGAGAUUCGAAUGGUUGUCAAGGAGAUGCAGCUUGGAGGUUAGUGGCGGCACAGGGAUGGAGAGUAACGAAGAUCAGGUCCUCGAUUCCAUCAUCGAACGCUUAAAACGUCGCUACCUCGGCAAAACAGAGGCGGAAAGCAGGAGUGCGGAUUACACUGGAAGCGGGUUCAUGGAGCAGUUUAAAGGGUGGCUCCGGGACUCUGAAGAUCAGGACUCCAUGAUAAAUCUAACCAGAAUAAAUUUGAAAAUGAACCCAUAUAUCAAAGAUGCUCUGGAUACACCAUCAAGAAAGAAAGCUACUCCCGUGAAGUCACCCAUAUCUAGUCUGACAUACAGCGAGAGAAAGCACUAUAACAGAAUGUUACGUAAUCUAUGCAAGACAAAACUUAACUCUGCAAGGGUUAAUGAUGCUUCUGACAAUGUUCAUUGCUCAAAUCAAAAAUUAGAGGAAUCCUUCAGUGGGGAAGAAUCCACAAUGCACACAAGACAAGAUAGUGGAACACAGUUUUAUACAGAAACUGAUGUUACAUUACCUUCCAACCUAGCUGCCGCCAAUUUCACACCAACUUCAAUUCCUUAUACAGAUGACAACAUUACAGGAUCAAAGAAGAAUGGAUGCUUUUCAGAAUCUUGGGAAGAUGCCUGCCUUUUGCCAGCUGAUGUAAUGCAAAUUUAUAAUGAGCUAACAUGCAUACGGCAACACUUACAGAGAGAAAGUGUAAUGCUACAGGAGUACAGACAUCAGGUGCAGUCACAUGAACAACGCUUAGCGAACCGUGAGGCUUUGCUCCUCAAAAAUCAAGAUGCGUUAACAAAGUUAAGAGGAGUAGAGGAAGAAGUUCAUGCUAAGUUUCAGAUUAUGAAGCAGCAACAUGCUGCAGAAGUCAGUCAACUCACAAAUGCCUUAAAGGAGAAGAUAAAGGAAAACAAGAGACUUAAAUCCUCCUUUGACACAUUAAAGGAAUUAAAUGACUCCAUGAAAAAACAGAUUAACAAUGUAAAGCAACAGAAUGAGAAGUUGGAAACUCAGGCCAAAAAGGUGCAAAAUCGUUUAGAAAACCUGCAAAGGAAAAAUGAUCUAGGUAUGGUGCGGAAAUAUCAUGAAAAUGUUCCCACUGAUGUGAAGGAGAUCAGAUUGGGAAAACAGGAGAAGAUUCAACCUGCUCGUAGGAUCAAUCAACCUCCUUUAAAUAGCAAUUUCUGUGAACUGCUUGGAGUGCUGCUGGACUGGAUCUCUGAUGGUUACCUUCGUUAUUUAACUUCAGAGAAUGAAAAUGAUGUUCAGAAGCCAUUGGGUCCCAAUUGUUUACCCAGAAAAUCUACUCAAGAGAAGUGCGUAAAGAUCUUACCCAUGAUCACAGAACAAAUUCAUUUGAUGCCACCUGGGGAUAUCAAAUUGCAGCUCACGCUGGUGAAAUUUAUUUACUGGGCUUUAAUGCAUAUAGACGGAGAAGGAAUGCCGAAGACCAUGAUUACUUCAACGAUGCGAAGACUAGGAGAAGAACUGUUCCGAGGAUCUGUGACCCAGAUAGUGCAGGAGAGUCCUUUGGAGUCAGUUGCAGAAACUAAACCUAAGGCAUCUGCUUUCUUCAGGAGCUCUGAUCUUAAUGUCCGAUUUUUAUCAGCCCUCAGCAUCCUCAAAACAAUUACACAAGUGGAUUACCUGGCUCAAGCGUUUGACAUUCUUCUUAACGAUCUGAAGACAGAUGAAGGCAAAGCUAUGUUCUUGGAGUACCAAGCAAUGCAGAUUAUUCUUCGUUACUUGAAACCUUCGAGUAAAAGUCUGCUGUACAGUGCUGUUGACAUCAUCCUACAGAUGACAAUGGAGUCAAGAUAUUUGCAGCAUUUCCUGCAGGCAUGCAGCAAUGAGACAUGGUUCCGCACUUGUUCCGUGCUUCUGAGAAACUCUAAACUGGAGGUACAAAUACUAGAGAAACUGAGCAUCAUCCUACAGAAACUCUCUAAAAUAAAGAGUAAUAAGAAACUAUUUGAAUUGUUCACUAUCCACAUCCUGAUUCAAGAGUUACACAGGACUACAGAUCCGGAGCACACUUUCUUGGCUAUUAACUUGCAGUCUAUUUUGUUUAACCUAGGCAUAACAAAAGGCACUGCUUUGGCCAGUAAUCUGGGCAACAGCCAUUCAAAGAAGUAAAUAUUUACCAUUUGAGGCUAAAACACUCUGCUGGUUUUUGUAUUUUUAUCAUUACUGGGUGAGUUUUCUGGUUCUAACUUAUCAAUAAUUCACAGAUCAUGUACUUGGUUACAUUUCACAAAAGCAUGUUUAAGUAUAUAUAUUUUUAUUUGAAACCAAAUCAAUUGGAAAAGUUAAUUUGCUUCAGGGAAGUGAAAACUUUACCUCUAAGCUAUUCCUAUAUGUCAGCUGUUAUCAUUUCAUACCUGAGAGUUAGAUUGUGCAUUUGACUCUCACCAAGAACUCAUCUGGGCUGACAUUCCAGUACAAACCCAAGGAAGAGCUGCUACCUUUUCAGUGGGAUAUUAAAUCAAAGUUCUGUUUGCCUGUUCAAGAUGGAGCAGAGCAGAGUGUACUGGCCAACAUUUCUCCCUUAACCAAUAUGACCAAGGCAGAUGAACUAUUUGUUGGAUGUUGCUGAUGCAAAAUAGCUGCUACGUUUGCCUAUAUUAUAGCCACUGCGCUCCAAAGGUGGUUCAUAUAUGAAGCUCCAUGUAUAAGGUGAUUUUGAAAGACAUGGAAAGGCACACAUUUUUAUUUUAUUUGUUCGUGGGAUAUGGGCAUCGCUAGCAAGACCACCGUUUAUUGCUCAUUCUCUUGCUCUUGAGGAUGAUGAACCGUUUUCUUGAGCUGCUGCAGUCCAAUGCAAUUACUUUUCUUAUUUAAUUCCUCCAAAGGUUCUGUAUUUGCCACAUUAAAUGAUAAGUUAUUGUGUGCCAAAUAAAUUCUCAAUGUUGUAUUAAAA